AUGCUGAUAUCAUCUGUGAAAAAGAUGUGCAAGAAGGCAGGGUUUAAUCUGCACAAGUUUGUUUCGAAUAAGAAAGAAGUUUUGAGAAGCCUUCCAAUUUCUGAUCGAGCUGAUGACCUCAAGAACAUAGACCUCGAUCUGGACAAGCUACCCAUGGAGAGAGUACUUGGGGUCCAUUGGUGUAUUCAGUCAGACAUGUUUCAGUUUCGUUUGAUGCUAAAAGAUCGUCCUUGUACAAGGAGAGGGAUCCUAUCAACCAUAAGCUCGAUUUUUGAUCCACUUGGUUUCGCUGCACCCAUCCUACUAGUGGGAAAGAGCAUCUUGCAAGAUCUGUGUCGUGAAGGCAUGGAGUGGGAUGAUCCCAUACCCGACGUGAUUAUGUCAAGAUGGGAGAAAUGGCGAGCCAAGCUUCCUAUUCUUCAACGUUUCUCGAUUCCCAGAUGCUUUAAGCCCGAAAACUUUGGCGCGGUCGUGAGGAAAGAGCUACAUCACUUCUCGGAUGCAAGUACAAAGGGUUACGGUCAAUGUAGUUACUUAAGGCUUCGAGAUGAUUCCGGCAAAAUUCACUUUUCUUUCAUGGCUGGCAAGGCACGAGUGACCCCCAUCAAGCAUGUGCCUAGAGCUGCAGGCCGCUGUGACUUCAGUAAAGCCAAUCGAGUUCAGCUGAUUCAGGAUGCAACUUCAUUAGAUCAGUGGAAGUAUGUGGAGUCAAAAUUAAAUCCAGCCGAUGACGCCUCGUGUGGGCUUAGUCCAAACGCUCUUCUAACCUCGAAGUGGUUAAAGGGACCAGCCUUUUUGUGGCAAAGCGAAGAUAAGUGGCCGCUUCGCAGAAAUGAAAAGGUACUUGAUUCCCGUGAAGUAUUACCCUCUGAUCCUGAGGAGACUUCAGAAUGA